AUGGGGACGAUUAUGAAUGUGAUUAUGUCAAUGAAGUCAGUCUUCCUAGCCAAAGAACUCAAACACAACCAAGCAAAACAGAACAUCAAAUAUCAGGAUUAUGUGUUGAUAGACACCGAAGAGGACCUGAGUGAAGGCUGGGUGUUUUACAAUACCAGUCGGUACUACAUCUCUGGUGAGCAGAUGGCCUGGAAUGAGAGCAGACAGCACUGCAGAGAGAGAGGAGCAGACCUGGUGACCAUAAACAGCCGAGAGGAACAGAAAUUUAUUCUAAAGCUCAGUGGAGGAAGCAAAGCUUUCAUUGGUCUGACUGAUCAUGUGACAGAGGGGGUGUGGAAAUGGGUGGAUGGCACAGCACUGACCACUGGGAAGACAGUAAAGAGGCAGAAUUUCUGUGUUGUUUCAGGUACUGGAAAAAUGGGAAGCCCAACAGACCAGGGGAUGUGGAAGACUGCGCUCUUAUUACAAACGGAUCUGAUUGUACACGUGGUCUUUUGA